AGGCUGCCACCGCACAGGAACGACCCUUUGUGCUUCACCGAAAGACGAGCAUCCUUCAGAGGACAAACACCACCACACAUCCAAGAUUAAACAGUACGUGAAGCACAAUGGGACCCUUCCAAGAAUAUGAGGAAAAGAAGUCGCCAGAGAAAGGGAGCCCCCGCAGCCGUAUCCCACGUUUGGUUCUUCAUCCCUUCAGGCCAAAAGACAAAGGUUCGCCUCUGUCUGACUCACCUUUCUCAGAGGAGGAGGGGAAGGAGUGUGACAUGAGCUCAGACCACUCCAAACGGACCAUCAGCACCAACAGCUUCUGCUCAGAUGACACCGGCUGCCCCACUAGUCAGUCUGUGUCCCCCUCCAAAACCCCGUCAGGCUCAGAGCAGAGUGACCGCGGCUCUCCCAAGCUGCCCGAGCGCAAGACCAAAGUGAAGAGGGUGAGGGUGAUGGCAGAGUGGAGCGGAGAACCACGGAGCACACAGAGACACAAGAGGGAGCUGAGGUCGGCCAUGAAAGCUAGAGGUAGCGAGGCAGACUUCAGCUCCUCCAGCAGCACAGGCAGCCUGAAGACAAAGGAGAGCCUCAGUUAUAGUUCAGCUGGAAAGAAAGCUUCAUCACGCAGUCGUGGCGCCCACAUCAGACCACUCCCAGUGUUCAAACCAGCGGGUAGCCCUACAGCAAACCGUGAUGCAGAGCUCUACGCUCCCUACAGGACCCCUCCAAGAGCCUCCUCCUCAACCAACAGCAGCAGCUGCAACUCCAGCCCCACAUCCAGCAGAAGAGCAAACCUGGGUCGAUACCACUCCUGUGGAGACAACCAUGGCAUCAGACCCCCCAACCCUGAACAGUAUCUCACUCCCCUACAGCAGAAGGAGGUGGCUAUCAGACACCUGAAGACCAAACUGAUGGAGUCUGAGAACAGAGUCCAUGACAGGGAGUCAGAGAUUGAGGAGUUAAAGUCCCAGCUCAGCAGAAUGAGGGAGGACUGGAUUGAAGAGGAGUGUCACCGGGUGGAGGCUCAGCUGUCCCUCAAAGAGGCUCGCAAAGAGAUCAAGCAGCUACGUCAGGUGGUGGAAACGAUGAAGAGCAGCCUGAUGGAGAAGGAUAAAGGUAUCCAGAAGUACUUCAUCGACAUCAACAUUCAAAACAGGAAGUUAGAGUCCCUGCUACACAGCAUGGAGCUAGCUCAGAGUGGCUCCAACCUCCAGGAUGACAACACCUUAGAUUUCAUGUGUGAGAGCCCUGAUAGUGGAGGGAAGAAGAUGGAGGAGGAGGUUGGGCUUGAGCUGGGAGAACAAGGGGCGGAGGCAAUGGCAGACAGUGGGCUGCUAGUAAACGAUGAAAUGGCCAACAGAGAGGACAUUUUGGAGCAGGUCCUCAUGUCCACUGCAGUGGAUUUCAGUCAGGACUCUAGUGUCAAACUAAAGGCAGAGUCAGGCCCUGGGGUGUCUGCCAUUUCAGAAGGACACUUGAUUGACGAAUCUGCUGCACCCCCACCAGCUCUACCAAACACAGUUUCCACCACCUCAAGCACAGCCUCACAGCAGAAUACAGAUGAUAAAGGAACCCAGACAGACAUGAUUCCCAUGCCUUCAGACCUGCAGGCUCUUCUCCUCCAGCUGCUGAAGUUUCACGGAACAACGACAACCGAGGACACAGCUCAGUCGGCCUCAAGCAGCCUUCUGGGCAACCCAAACCUGCCUCCUUCCACUUCUGCCACUGCCAAUCUCCCUAAACCCACACAUCCCCCACCUAGCAUGCCAACAGCAGCCCCUCCAGAAAGCCCCGACACCUCCACUGACUCCGGCUUGUGCUGCAUCGAGUCUGCAGAAAGCCGACGGUUCAUGGAGGAGUUGGACUUUAGUGUAGGUGAGGAGGACCCUCUUCUGUCCCCAGAGCUAGGCGUGGUCGGAAAGCGAUACUGGAGCAACAGCUUCCUGGUGGAUCUGGUUGCUGUGGCGGCCCCUGUGCUGCCCACAGUGGCCUGGCUGUACUCGCGGCAUGGUGUGGAUGGAAGCGCUCCAGUGUACAACAUUGCUGCUCUAAUUAGGGGCUGUUGCAUCAUGGGACUGCACUCUCUUCGCCAAGUCUCUCACAGGCCGGAUGUGUAAAGGCUUCAACCACGCAUGCACAUGCCUAACUUUGAACUUAAAGCACUUAAGCAUCUUCUCGAGUAUUUGUGAGAUUUGUUGCAUUUUUGUUGAACACGAUGCAGUUACUUUUGGUUUUGACACGUUACUUUGCACUGUACAGUUACCAUGAGUUGAAGAAAAAGUGGUGACAUGAAAGGGAUUAUUUUUAAAAGGGUUAUUUAUAUAUUUAUUUCUCAUUUACAUGUAUAAGCUAAUCAUCUGGGUAGAUGGUUAUGUGAUGUCAUCGUCCUGUGGUGUCCCUGAUUGUCCCUGUUUUCGGAAAAAAAAAAAACCCAAGUCUGUUAGAAUGAGAUUUCUUGGUGGUGAAAGAUUGAAUGUUUGUUUCUGUUCGAGGGGUUCUGAGACUGUUUUUGAGUAAUUGUUCAAAAGGAAACUUUAAACCUUCAGCCAAAGCUUUAAUGUAAGUUCACUGUUCUCGUUUUGUGAAGAACCAUAUAUUUUUUCCCUCCAUUGGAGUAGAGCUUUAUUCAUUACAGCCUGUGUGUUGUUCAUAGAAAUGAGUUGACGCUUCAAAGCAACUGACACUUGUUAUGUGCCUGAGCUAUGUGCAAUAUUGGUGGUUUACAUCAAAUGUCCUCGUAUCUUUAUUAAUAAAGCAUGAUAAAUUCUGA